AUAUUUCCAUUUCCAACCAAAUCUCGACAGUGGGCGCAUUCGAGCCGGACUUUGUCUUUCCGCUGGAGAACGUCACCGUAGCACAGGGACGCGAUGCGACCUUCACGUGUGUGGUUAAUAAUCUCGGCGGUCACAGGGUGAGUGGCGACUCCGCAACAGCCAGGGUCGCUUGGAUAAAGGCCGAUGCGAAGGCGAUUCUGGCCAUUCACGAACAUGUGAUAACAAACAAUGAUCGAUUGUCAGUCACACAUAAUGACUUCAAUACGUGGACGUUGGUCAUACGGAAUGUGAAAAUGGAGGAUGCCGGCAAGUACAUGUGUCAAGUGAAUACGGAUCCAAUGAAAAUGCAA